CAACCAGAUCCCAACAAGAAAGGAAUUCUGCCAAGAAACAAAAGUUUUUCUCUACCUUGGUGGUGUGUGAUUGUGGCAUGGAUUUUGGUCAUCAUUUGCUUCUGUGUGUCAAUAUUCUUCCUCUGGGCAUAUGGGAUCCAAUUUGGCAAUGAAAAGGCCACCAAAUGGGUGUCUUCUCUCAUAUUUUCAUUCCUCUCAUCUGUCAUGGUUGUGGAGCCAAUCAAGAUUUUAUGUCUUGCAAUGGUCUUCAGUGCAGUUUGCAAAAGUGCUGACACUGCUGAUGAUGCAGAUGAGGAUGAAGAAGACCCUGCCUUGGAAUGGGAUGAGAGUUACCUUCAAUAUCCUUCAAGACAAAAGAGAGAAUCAGGGAAAUCAAGUAUGCAGUUACCGACUCCUGAACAACUGGAAGCAGCAAGAAAACAGCGCCAGAAUGAAACUAGAAUGUGGUCCAUGUUCAAGGAAAUCUUUUUCUAUUCUGUAUACCUCACCAUUGUGGUCACACUGUCUUAUGGAGAUCAGGAU